AUGCGCUAUCAUCUGGCCUCAGAGGCAGGCCCAAGAAGCCAGGCCAUCUCGCUGACCAACGGCGACUACUUAAUGGAAGCUUUGCAGCACGGUGUUACCCGGACCGGUUUCUGUUCUGGGCAAGAACUCAUGUGCUCCCCUCUGAUGGCGAUGCCCCCUCAUGAUUCCAAGAUCGACGCCCUGGUGUCUGUCGACUCUGACAGUGAUCUCCAAGACAGUGAUUUUGACGGGGGUGGUGUCGCUGAAGCUGACACGACGGACACAUCAGUUGACCCCAGUGCGGAGAGGCAGGAGAAUAAUUCCGAAGAUGGUGGCUCUGCGAAAGGCAAAGGACAUUUGGUGAAGCCCCCUUAUUCGUACAUAGCACUCAUUACCAUGGCAAUUUUGCAAUCACCGGAAAAGAAACUUACUCUCAGUGGCAUUUGCGAAUUUAUAAAGAACCGUUUUCCGUUUUAUCGCGAAAAGUACCCCAUGUGGCAGAACUCUAUCAGACACAACUUGAGCCUCAACGAUUGCUUUCUCAAGAUCCCCCGGGAACCAGGGAACCCUGGCAAGGGCAACUACUGGACUUUAGACCCCGCUUCUGAAGAUAUGUUUGAUAACGGUAGCUUCCUUCGCCGCCGCAAGCGCUACAAGAGACAACAGCCCUACCAGCUCAAAGACCCCUCAGCAUUCAUGGCUGCAACUCUAGAUCCCUAUCGUCAUGGACUGUUUGCAGGUCAUCCUCAUUUAGCACUCGGGUACCCAUAUAUGCCGCACAUACCCUCGCCGGUGCCCUUGCUAUCACCCCAGGACUUUGCCAGAUUAACUCUUCACCCCAUAAACAUCGGAGCCAUGCACAGUCCUUUAGGAGCCCCAGUGUGUAGUGGGCCCCCUGGUAUGUUCGAUUCUCCUGGCGACAUCGCAUCUCCAUCUACAAAAGCAAUAGCGUCCAAACCGAGCUUUUCCAUCGAUAGGAUAAUCGGCGAAUCCAAAUCGGUAGACGUGAAGCCAGAAAUGCUAACUUUGCGGCCCAACGUCCCGCUAUUAUCCCGGACGCCAGUGGAUGCGGCUUUCACCUGUCCCGGGACAGCUUUGAACGCUCUUGAAAAAUAUCGCCAAUACCUGCAAACGCUUACUUCGAGUCCGAUGGAUGGCAACGGGACAUGGUCACGAUGA